CCCUCGGCCCCAGAAGUGCAACUUCAUUUAGCAGCUCUUAGCGCAAGGAAACUAAGUCUGAAACUGGCUGUGACUAACCUGGCCAGCUUGGCUGCUCGCCACACCAGGCGGAGACACUCGGAGGGCUUCUCCGAGUCCCGGGUUCUUUGCUAGCAGUGUGACUUGGUAACUGGGGAUUCAAGGAGCAGCCGGAGCCUCCGUCUGUCCGGAUUUGCAGGCAUAUGGAAAUGCAAGACCAGCAAUGGAGGUAGAGUCCACCACAUACACUGACUUUAUUUCCUGCGAUCGAGCUGGUCGGAGGAACGCUGUCCACGACAUCCAAGGAGAUGCAACUGCUAUCAGCAUGCGCAAGCUGACAGGGGACAUAAGUGACCUCUCCAUCGAAGGAGCAGAAAGCCAAGUAGAUGCCACUUCUUCUGAGAAGGACCCUGGAGCAAGACCAAAGGGGGAGGACAACAGCCCCUCCCCAUGACAGCGUGCAAGGGGUGGGAUGGGGCAGGAGGAGAGACUUGCCGUAAACCUUAAACAAAAAUUUACUAUAGAAUCUGCAGGCAAAAGCCAGCAUGGAACAACAAGUGCUCUGUCAAAUGCCUCUGCUGCAACCAUUUGGUUCAGAAAGCUGCAGGAUACAAGGACUGGCACCUCCAAAAGACUUCUGCUCCCAUCCCUAACAACUUAGAACACUGCAGUGGUUGUAGUGAAAUGAGCCAUUCUCAAGAUGCCUUAGCUGCAAUUUUCCUCUAUAGGAAAACACAUUUUCAGUAAUAAUAUACACAGACUUUCCUGUCCAAGGUACCUUCUUUCUUCAUAAAUUUAGACUAUUAUUUAUUCUCUGUUUCCAUAAGUUAGGAACUUAGAUUUUGGGGUUUUCUAAGCAUCACCCUCAUUUUGCAUCUUAGAUCUGAACUGGCCUCUGGACUGUCCAUGUAGCCCCUAGCCACAGCAGGCAGUGGGAGAGGGACCUGGCCAGUCCCGCUGCAUUCAUGUCAAGCACCACUCACCUGUGCUGCUGCCACUUAGCAAUCAGAAAAGGACCAAAGUGCAGACAUGUGGAUGAGCUCCACCUACAGACCCAGCAGCAUCAGCCACAGGCAUCUUUUUCUUUGGGUUUUAGCAUUUUAAGGUAUUGUUAAGGGGAGGGGAAAAAAAUUGCUGUUUUGACUGUUGAAAUUGAGGCUUACUCAUGCAAGCUGUUAGCUGAGAAAUGUUUGUCUCUGGAAAAAUCUCACCCCAUUCUCUUUUAGGAGACAUGUUUUGUGUUAAAGAUGGUUUGAUAAAACUAUAUAAGCUGUUGGAAUAAAUAACACACAGCCUUUAA